CUAAACCUCCUUAAACUCUCUCCUGUGUGUGCUUCAAAAGCAAAACCCUUUCGUACUCAUCGUACCCAAUCCCAAUUCUCUCCAAUUUUGCAUCAGAAAUCCUCGAAUUCAACCGGAAAAGCUUCCACCUCUUCCUAAUUUGCUUCUAUUAACAAUGUCCACCAUGAAUCAACCGGCGACGCCUCCGCCGACGAUCGGAAAGAUGGGCCCUUACACCGUCUUCGUAACCCCUUCUGAUUCAUCGCAUUUCUCAGUUUCCGAUUCUGGGAAAAAACAUUAUAUUCCUCCUACGUCCGUUCAACUGACGCCGGUGAAAUCCGCUCCUCUGGUUCAGCCUCCGCCAGUUCAGUACGGGAAGUCCACUCCAUCGAAACUCGCGCUUUUCUGGGAUGCUGUUGCCAAAGUUCAGAAUGCACAUUCAAGUUUGGAUGAGCAUGUAGCACAUUGGUUUGGAUUGAAUCAAUCAAAAUAUCAAUGGGCUCUUGAUGAUUACUAUGAAAGCAAGGGAAUGGACAAGGUUGACAUACGAGCAAAAGAUUCAUCCACCAAAGCUCAAAGGGUGUAAUAUAUGCUUUGAUUUGAUAGUUGCAAAGUAAUGUCUCAUCCAAAAGAGCGGGAGUGUCAGACAAAGAGGAAAAGACAUAAAUGCCCUCCUUGUCCUUGUUAUGGAAAAUAACCUUAGAAAACUUAUCCAGUCCUGUAACAAACAUUAUCUUAGAUUCUUGUUUCUUGAAUUUGUUUUUUUAUUUUUAUUUUUUUGCAGUGCAUCUUGGUGAUCUCUUUUGAACAUGAUAUGUUUAUAACAUGAAUUUACUUGUUGGUUGAAUCGGAUCGAUCUACAUGGGUUUUGGAA